CUCCCCUCCCCCCUCCCCGGCCUACUACUUACUCAACUGUGGCCCACGCGCCGCUGCUCUCUCUCUCUACUGUGGCUUGACCUUGACACCUUAACCUUACUCUCUGUCCCUCGUUCAUCUUCAUGUUUCACUCUCGACCUCGUCCUCUAUCUUGCUUCACUAUUCCUUUCUCUUGCUCCCCAUGCCAUCUGCUCUCUUCUCAACCCGCUGAGUUUGUUUUUGCAUAGUCAUGUUCAGCAAUCGAACAACGCGAAAACCGAAUGAGCAGCUUCUCGCCGAUUUCAAGUCAAACUAUGGCGGAAGCCUGGCUGCUGCCAGUCGGCACUCAAAUCCCACUCAGCCCACCGCCGGCACCUCUCUGACCGAUGCGCUCGAUGUAGCAGUCCAUUUCCACAAUAGGCAUCCUGAUGACCUGGACGACUUCAAGGACAGUGAUCCUACGCCCAAAGCAGGCGACUGGGCUACUCAAACUCCUGGGCCUAGUUUCCUUGAUCCAACAAGCGCCGCUUUCCACGACCUCGAGCAUCAGCGUUCCGUAAUCUUCACUCCAACUCCAGGGGGAACGACGAGACACCAUAUGAUCGCCGGUGACUUGUCAAUGCCCACACCGGGUGGCAACUUCAACUAUAUGCAGUUCCACACCCCGUCAUCCAUGUCCAGUGGCAGCGACCCAACACUACAGCUUCAAGGACCUCAAGUCACUACUCACAACAUGCACGACUUUGCCCACCCAACAGCUUUUGCUUCACACAUGUUUCAUGACCCAUUUCAUGCCGAGAUUGGUACCAUUCAACACAGUGCCAUGCAACAUGGCAUGCCUCCGCAACAGACCUUUGCACCACACGAGUUCUACCAUCACCCCACGGCAUACGAGCAAAUACCGCAGACCAUUGAAGAAUCGCCUCUCGAAAGCAUGCACGGAGAUAUCGACAUGUCAGAACACUCGCCAGUAAUGACUUUUCACCCACCACAGUUUGGUGUUCAAGUUCAGCAGAAUCGCCCUGAAUCGUUAAUACAGCAGUUCCGAUGGCGCGUCAGUCUCAACGCCCCGACAGCAAUGAUCAAGUCCGCAGAUGAAAUCCCCAUUACAUAUCUCAACAAAGGUCAGGCCUACUCCGUCAGGAUCAAGGACUCGACACCCGGCCAAGCUUCCUCGGUCCCAAACAGAUAUCGAACCUUCAUCCGCGUCUCAUAUGAGGAUGAACAGCAGCGACAGAGACCUGGGUCAUGCUGGCAGCUCUGGAAGGAGGGACGUGGUACGAGUGAGGCGCAUCAACGAGGGGGACGCCUGCAGGCUGUCGAGUUUGUAGAAUCAACACAGGCUGGAGGAGCUGAGAUUACCGGUCGCCCAAGCAUCGAACUCGAGUCGUCAUCCUUUGACGGAUUCUGUGUAAACUGGACCGCCGUCCCCAAUCAGAACCCAGAAUGCUCCGUCGCCGUGAGGUUCAACUUUCUCUCCACUGAUUUCAGCCACUCCAAAGGUGUCAAGGGCAUUCCGGUACGGCUCUGUGCAAAGACUGAGCUUCUGAGCAGCCAGCAGCCGCAGGCAGAUACUGGCGAAUUCGCCAAUCAGGAACUGGCUUUUUGCAAAGUCAAGCUUUUUCGUGACCAUGGCGCCGAACGGAAGCUUACAAACGACACGUCUCAUACCAGGAAACAGAUUGAAAAACUCCUGCAGCAGAUCCAGCAAAUGGAAGCAGGUAUUAAGGACCCGGGAAAGCGGAGACGUAGUGGCACCGUGGUCAAGCCGCCCGUCAGCCAGAAGCCAGGCAAGGUUCCGAAGCAUCGAAGGACUUGGUCUGCAACAGACGGUGCUUCCGGAUCUGCCGAGGAAGACUUACGGGCCAAGCUCAAGGGCUUCCAGGACAUGGAGAGCUCGACUUUUCCGGAAACACUAUUCUAUCUCAAGGGCGAAGAAUUGGACGAUCCGGACCUGCACCCAGUCCAACUUCCCGGAAUGCUACAAGAUAUCGCCAAGGCGGAAAUGACAGACGCAGCAAACUGGGACAAGCAAAGCGUUGCUGAGAAUUCCUCUGUCGUAUCGCCCAGUCCGAGCUCCAUGUCUCUCAACUCUAGUGGCGAGAGACGAGAGACGUCAUUGCAUCAAGCCGUGCCGUUCUCGCGCGUCUCUUCCAACGAGUGGCGUAAUUUACCAGGGCAGACUGCAACCGGUGACAUGGUGCCAGGCGUCAAGCAGCAUCUGAGUCCGCCAAGUCUACCAUUGAAACUACCAAAAUCAGACAGUCAUCAAGACAUGAUCGAAGCCGUUGAUGUAGAUCCAGAUUACCAGCCUCCUCCCGAACGAGCUAUCAAGCCUGUUGCUUGCUUUUUCGUUCGGCCCACGAUUGCUGGGGAUAGAUCCGAAGACGAUUACUACUACCGCGCAGUAUACCUCAUGCAACACACGCUUAUGGAUCUUGUCAGAGGAAUUGCGGGCAAACUCAACAUCGAACCGACACUGGUCGUGGAGACUAUCCGCAUCCAUCCUGACAAGGGUUUCAAGAUCUACCUUGACGACGAGGCUGUACGCGAAAUACCGGAAGGUCAGGAUAUGCUUGCAGAGUUCCACCCGACUGGAGAUCAGGCUCCCGUGAAGCGGGAAUGGGAAGCAGGUGCAUCAGAUGUCCAGGUCGACGGCGACGUCACGACGACCAAAAACGUUACGACGUCCGGUUACGCACUACACCUUCGCUACUGAAAGACUCAUCACGUUGAGCAAAACUGCACGCACGGCGGAAUAACGAACUGUAAUGACAUGGCCUUUUUUUCCAUUUUGUCUAUCCCAAGCGGAACUAGCACCGAGCGUCCAUUCUUGAGGGGCCCCUUUCGCUCGGCGUUUCCGGAAUAACUUUCUACGGCUUAUGAUGGGCGGAAAUGCCAUUUUUGAUACCCCCCUUCAUCCGCCAUAUCACCGGGAGACUUUGUGGCGAGUGUAACUUCUGACACCUACACACACACACAUACACUCAUAUAUCUCACGUACACUCUCGCACACAUACCCACUCACAUACUCACACACUCUCACGCACACGGCCUUUUCCGAUCCCGCUUGGCUUCAUGGGAUCGGUGCGCCGA